AUGUUUUUAAAAAAUAUUAAAAAAUAUUUAAUUUUACUUUUUUUGAUCCAAUUAUUUGGUGAAACACAACAAGAUAAUAAUAAUUAUACCAGUUUCUUAAGAAAUGAUGCUACAAUAAAUCCAAAUUACAUUGUUGAAAAAGUAUUUGCCUACAAACGUAGAAAAAAUUUACCAACUUUUGUGGAUGAUAUGAUUAUGAAUGAAAAACCUUUUUAUUAUAAAAAUGACAAAAUAAAUAAAUAUAAAAACAUAAAUACUUAUGAUAGAAUGAAUACAAUAAAAAUUGAUCUAACAAAACGUUCCUCUAAUAAGAAUUUUUUUUUAUUUAGAAAAGACUUGAAAUUUCAUCCUUUUGAUUUUGAUACACUUGGUGGUCUUGGAUUAGGAAAACGUACAAUCUAA